ACAGUUGACAGGAAACGCAAUAAGGACACAGCGUCUGACCAAUCGCUGUUAAAAAAAGGCAGUCUUUAACUUUCAACGACCCACGUGACCCUCCUCAGUGGUUCCCAGGCGGUCACAUCGAAGAGCUCCAGACGAUGCAUCAGAAGGUGGCGUUGUUAGUUCUCCUGGCGGCGGGCCUCCUCUGCCUCAGUCUGACGCCCGUCUCUCGAGCUGAAGAUCUGGAUCUCGAUGUAGAGGGCGAUGACAUGGAUGUAGAAGAUGAGCUGGAUUUGGGUUUGGCCGGAGCUGAUGAGGAGGAAGAGGAAGAUCUAGACGAUGAAGGUCUGGGCGAAGCCCCACCUUCUCCUAAAACUCCUGCAGCACCAAAGGUGAUCUACAAAGCUCCAGAGCCGAAGGGGGAACACUUCUUUGCCGAGUCUUUUGAUCGGGGGACCCUAGAUGGGUGGGUUCUGUCUCAGGCCAAGAAGGAUGAUGCUGAUGAAGAGAUCUCAAAGUAUGAUGGUAAAUGGGCCGUGGAGGAGAUGAAGGACAGUAAGCUGCCUGGUGAUAAAGGUCUGGUCCUGAAGUCUCGAGCCAAACAUCACGCCAUCUCAGCCCUGCUGCUACGACCUUUUACCUUUGACACCAAACCACUCAUCGUCCAGUAUGAAGUGAACUUCCAGUCUGGUAUCGACUGUGGUGGCGCCUACGUCAAGCUGCUGACCGAGACUCCCGACCUCGACCUGGACCAGUUUGUGGACAAAACUGCAUACACCAUCAUGUUUGGACCAGACAAAUGUGGAGAAGAUUACAAACUUCACUUCAUCUUCAGACACAAAAAUCCCAAAACUGGGGAGUACGAAGAGAAGCAUGCAAAGAAACCCGACGCUGACCUGCGGUCGUACUAUACCGACAAGAAGACUCACCUAUACACACUGGUGUUGAACCCUGACAACAGCUUUGAGGUUCUGGUGGAUCAGACUGUGGUGAACAGUGGAAACCUGCUGACAGACAUGACCCCCCCUGUAAACCCACCUGCUGAGAUUGAGGACCCAGAUGACCACAAACCUGAGGACUGGGACGAGAGACCCAAAAUCCAGGAUCCAGAUGCUGUCAAGCCUGACGACUGGGAUGAAGACGCUCCUGCUCAGAUUGCUGAUGAAGACGCAGUGAAACCAGAUGGCUGGCUGGAUGAUGAGCCUGAGUAUGUUGGAGACCCCGACGCCAUCAAACCUGACGACUGGGAUGAGGACAUGGACGGCGAAUGGGAGGCCCCACAGGUUCCCAACCCAGCCUGUGAGAGCGCCCCUGGCUGCGGCCCCUGGAAACGACCAAUGAUCGACAACCCCAACUACAAGGGCAAGUGGAAGUCCCCGAUGAUCGACAACCCCAGCUACCAGGGCAUCUGGAAGCCGAGGAAAAUCCCCAACCCAGCAUUCUUCGAGGAUCUGCACCCAUUCAAGAUGGCGCCGUUCAGCGCCCUGGGCCUGGAACUCUGGUCCAUGACCUCCGACAUUUUUUUUGAUAACUUCUUCAUCACCAACGACCGGAACGCCGCCGAGAACUGGGCCAACGAUGGCUGGGGGCUGAAGAAGGCAGCUGAGGGUGCAGCUGAGCCUGGCCUGGCCUCUCAGAUGCUGACUGCUGCUGAGGAGCGUCCCUGGCUCUGGGUAGUCUACGUCUUCAUCGUGGCUCUGCCCGUCAUCCUCAUCGUCCUUUUCUGCUGCACUGGAAAGAAGAAAAGUUCAGCCUUGCCAGCAGAGUACAAGAAGACUGAUGAGCCUCAGCCUGAUGUGAAGGAGGAAGAGGAGCAGGAAGAGGAGAAUGCCGAGGAAGCGGGGAAGGACGAUGCAGAUGCUGAGGAGAAUAACGAUGGAGAGAAGGAUGCUGAAGAAGAAGAAGUUGGAGAGAAGGCCACAGCAGACGAGAAGUUGGAGGAUGACAUUCUGCGGAGAUCUCCAAGGACCAGGAAGAUCAGAAAGGACUGAUUUCUCUGAUCUGCAUUCCUCACCUCCACCCUCUCUCUCUCCCUCCUCCUCUGCUCCGAGGCAUGAAGCCUGGAUGGAACCAGUGGAAUAGCAAAGCCAACGGGAAAUUAUUCAUCACCUCCUCUCCCUUCUCCUCCUGAUGAUGAUUCCAGACAGAACUGGGCUAAGUUAGAGACUGAAAAGGAUUUUUUUGUUUUUGCAAGAGAUUAACCAAGAUUCACUAAAACUUAUUUUAUCAUUCCUGAACAGCAGCUGAGUGGAGGCUCCGCCCAGCCCCAGAAGCCACAUCAUUCGGCUCAGAAAGUCACCCCUGUAAAAAGCAGACUGCUAACCAGCCUGCAAGUAACAGACUGACAAGCAACUAACUACUAACAGCUCCUAGAGUUAAUAAAUUAGCUCCCUAGCUGCCUAAAUUAAGCCCGAACUUAGCGGUUUGAGAACACUCCAACCUGACUGACCAUCGUUUGCUGUGAAGCAGCCUGUAGCUCCUCUGGUUCUGCUGCUUCAGUGGUCAGAAAACAUCUCAAACAUCUUCUGCAUCAGUUACAUGCAGCAGAGGUUUGGGAAUGACCUGAGCCAUGAGCUGGUCGUCUCACUGUUGAGCUCCUCUUGAUCACUUCAGAGUAAACACCUGCAUCUGCUGCAGAUCAGCACAUCAAGUCCAGAACAUCUGCAUCAGAUCAGAAAUACUAAAACUCAUCAGCCAGCCAGAGGGCAAACUCCCAGUUUCUUGCUCCUUGACCCCAGAUGGAAAGAUAAAUGCACUAAGAGGAAACACAUAGUGCUUAACACACACCUGUCCACCUGCAGCAUCACAGACCUCCGGUCCCAGUCUGCUCUACCUGGGAGAUCUUCAGCCCCAUGAUUCUGAGACAUGGCACUUGAAGGCAAAAAUUAUUUAAAAAAACGUGACUAGCAUGGUUUUUCUGAGCUUUCAGCUUCAUCCUGAAGUCGUCAUGGAGACGAUUUGACAAAUCCUCUGAAGGCUGAGGGAUGCCGCUGAAAGCUCAGAUCAGGAGGAGCCACAGUGAGACCACAGGUGUCCCCUGUUGUGGUCACAUGACCCCUGUCUGUGUCCCGUUCUUCCUGCUCCUGCCAGUUAAUUUAUUCUUGAGUUCAGAGAUGUUACAGGCUCAUUUUCAUUUGAUAAAUGUGGAAAUAAAACUGAUGUUUAAUACAAACCAACAGUUUUGUUGAUGUUAAAUUAAUUUGUUGUAAACAAACAGCUGCGCGGACAGGUAUCCUACAGAAACGGUCUGAUCAACCUGAAACACUGGAAACUUUAAAUUCCUGCUUCUUAGUGUUUAGAUGCGAGUAAAAGUCUGAUAAAAGCAGAAAUAAGAGUUUACCUCUGAGCCAAAUGUUGAGAAAUCUAAGGUCAAAAAAGUUUCAAAAUGAGGACUUUUAAUCAGAUCUCAGAACAAGUUUAUUUUCCCUUCAGGCGUGAUCCAAGUUCUAAUUACCAUUAAACCCUGAAAUGCACCUGUGUGUGGGGGUGGGGCUGAUCAAAGUUAAGUCUGUGGAAGACUAAACUGAGCUAGAGCUUCUUGGCUCUUCAUCACCAAAUGUAUCAGCUGCACCUUACAGACGGAGCAGCGGCAAAAUGAUUAUGUUUAACAGAAUCUUCUUUAGAGUCCAGAAACCUGGUUCUCAUGUUUGUUGAACCUUACAGCUCUUUCUUCUUUAAGUGCAUCUACUCUUAAAAACCCUGAAGAUGAGCUCUGUAGUGAUCUUGCACCUCAACUCUGAUGUUUAUUGUAGCAUAGCUGUCUCUUUGAUACAUGUAAGCAGUUUUUUUGUUUCUGACAUGCUUGGUGUUUCCCUCGUGAAACCUUAAACGGAAAAAGUUUUGUUACUGAUGUGUUUGGAUUUAGCAAAUCUGAACACAGAAUUGUCCUUUCUUGUUUAUUUCUGAGAUUAUGAGAAGUUAAUCAGAUUUUUUUCAGCCUUCAUUUGCUGAUAAACAACAGAUGUUUUCCUCAUCAGAAUCAAAUCGGGUUUAAAAUUAAAAACUUCACAGGAUUUUUAUGUUUAGAACUAAGAGCGGCUUCAUAGCUGAAUCUGAUGAACUCUGGGGGAAAAAAACGGAACUGGGUAGUAGCUGCAGCUGUGGUGCCGAGCUGGUGGUUUUAGGGGGCGGGGCAUAGCCCAACAGGUACAAUAAGCUAACUUUAGUCUGAGAUUUGGUGUAAUGGUCAUGCUGAUAUGAAAAAUGCAGUUGAAACAUGGGCAGCUUUUCUGACUGGUGGUCUCUUAGCUAGGUUUUAAGGUCAGGUGUGUACGUUGACCUUAAGGGUGACCUUUGUGGCUCAUCCCUCAACUUUCUGUCUGGAAGUUGAUCACACUGAGCUUCCUUGUCCUCCUGUGGGCUGAUGGGUGGGUUUGGUUCUGGUGGCGUCCUGCUGAAGCUUCCACGUACUGUAUCUGCUGCUCCGAGGCUUUGUGGUGCUGCAGGGAGGUCCAGCGGUAGAUGGAAACACUGUGAUGAUGGAGCUCGAUGUUUGUGUUUGACUGGCAGUAAACGUUUGUUUUGAUGAAUAAAAAAGUCCAAAUGAAACCAAA